GCUGAAGUGAAGGAGGACCAGGCUGAAGUGAAGGAGGACCAGGCUGAAGUGAAGGAGGACCAGGCUACAGUGAAGGAAGACCAGGCUACAGUGAAGGAGAAGCAGGCUACAGUGAAGAAGGAUCAGGAUACAGUGAAAGAGGACAAGGAUAUAGUGAAGGAAGACCAGGCUGCAGUGAAGGAAGACCAGGCUGUAGUGAAGGAGGACCAGGAUACAGCAAAGGAAAGUGACAACUCUGUUGAGAAGAGUGAGCCCUUGACAGAGCCCACACUUGACACGGAGGAACGUACAGAGUGCACCGUUCAGUUGGAGAUAACUGAUUCAGAGACAGCUCAUGAAAUAGCCCAGGACAAACUACAGGAAGGGAGCCUACCCCAAACCACAGAUGAUGUGGAGAGCAGGGAAGCUCCCAAAGCACCUGUUUCGGAGGAUCAACCCAACAGUGCCCCUGAAACCACCGAGCUGCAGGAAAUCCCCAAUAUCUGCACAGAGCUGCCUGAAGGGGAUGAAUCAGAGAAGAGCAUAAAUCUUCCCAAGGAGUGCAAAGCUGAGGAGACUGUAUCAGAGUUCAGCGAGUCAGCAUCCAGAGACAAUGGAGCGAGUGUGCAGGAAUGCUCCAGCCAUCAGGUGACAUCAGAGGCAAACGUAGGCACCGGCAUCGGCGUCGGCAUCGUCAUCACCAUCACUGAAGCUGAGGACUCUGACAACACCGACUCUGACCAGGCCUACGAGCCGUCCCCAGUUCUGCACCAAAAUAAGCAAAAAGGGAAUAAAAAAUCCAACCGGAAUGCUGAUGUUGGUAAAAAAGAGGGCCCUGAGGCUGGUGGCGGUCCCCAGGCAGAGGACAAAGGUCUGGGCGACCAGGGGCACAGAACUGGGGAGCAGUAUGAAUUGCUCCUCAUAGAAACUGCCUCUUCCCUUGUGAAGGCAGCCAUUCAGUCGUCCAUAGAGCAGCUGGUCAAUGAAAUGGCCCUGGAACAGAAUAAACACAACAGCUUUCUGUGAUGGCAGCUUUGCCCCCAAGAGGAAGAGCAGAGGGAGUGAUUUAAAGCUCCAUUGGCCUGGGGGUGUGUGUGGAGAGCUCAGAGGGCUCCCAGGGCCAAGGUGUAGUUAAUUCUGCAUGCCCAUUCAGUUGUGUGUCUAUGUGAAAUGGCUCCUGGGAUGUGGGCAGACCCUGCUACAUACACUGUGUCCCCUGGGGCCUCAGACAACACCAUUGACUGCAGCUGAAAAAAUGAAGGUGUUACAGUGACUGUAUUUUCAUUUAUUGGCAUAUUUAUGUCAAGGCUGCAUUUCUGCCACCACCCAUGCCAGCUUCCCCCACUGUUCAUGCUGUAGAUCUGUAUAUACCAGGUGUUUAAAGAAAGGUCCUGAGAGGCAGCGAGUGCCCAACCUGCUGCUGGGCAGGAUUCGGAGGCACGCUGGAACAGCUGGAGGUUUGCCUGGGGUGUGUUGGAGAUGAAGGAGAGCAAAGCAACUGCAGUGUUAACAUGAAGACAUCACUGUCAGAAGGGCUCAGGCCAGUGUUUAGUGUUGUGAACUGUAGGCAUUUGCUACCUACAGGCGCCAGGAGCCGCGGUCACCGUUGCUGUCACAUCGUAUGAAGCCGGCGGGUUUGCAGCGAGCAGUGUUCUGUGUUCUUCAUUCGGCCUCUCCCCCUGCCACGAGCAGCCUGUGCGUCUCCAGACAUGUUAAAGUACAGCAUCAGCUGCUCGCCUUGCUGAUCCCGGGCUGCAGAAAUGCCACGAAAGCGACAGCACUUCCAGGAGGGCCUGUUCUUGCACCAUUAAGCUCAACGGGCAAAAACUCCCUGCAGCAUCACUGGCGUGGGCUGGGCGGGAGCAGUGCCUGCUGCAGGCAGCCUCUUUCCUCUCCCCUCCCUGGCCGUCCUCCCUCCCAAUCCUGGUGUCGUGGUGAAGCUGUCCUCAGAUGUAGCAUAUUUUUUUAUAUAUAUGGCAUGUGAUAUAAAUAGCAGUGAGCUGCAUGCGUGUUAGCAGUCAGCAUAGUUUGGGUAGCUGCAAUGUUCUGCCAGCACUGGAAUUGCUUUGAUUUGGUCUGGGCACUGCUGGCGUCCCUGGGUGCUGGCGGCAGCCAUCCUGCACCGCUCCCCGCUCACCACAAAGCCCGCCUGCCUUCAUCCCAGCCCAGGCAUCCCUUGGGAAACGUGCAUUAUGCCCGGCUCACUGCCACCGGGAUCCGGCCGGCUCUGGCACGCCAUGUAGCUCGCCCUGAAACAUGCAGUGAAAUGCUGGAGUGAUAUUACUGAAGUCCUCAGGGAAAAAAUCUAGACAUGGGGCCUGAGGACAUGGCUGGAAAAUGCCUGGACAAGCCCAUUGCCAUCAAAACCCAUGAACUGCCCUGCUCCGAGAGGGUUUGCACCGGCAUGGCGUGUGUGUGCGAGCACCGCCUCCCACUACAAGCCCUCCGAGAGAAAGGGGCCUUUUAAUAAUUUGGGAUUGUGUCUGCAUGGCUGGGAUUUAUGUCCAGCUGUGGGCAAGGCAGUGUGUUCCUCUGAGAAAAUUCUCCUGUGUAUUUCUCAGCCGCUACAGAAAUAGCAGCCGCGACUGGCACUUGCUCACUGACCAUGGGCGGUGCGCUGAGAUUUCCCUUCCCAGUGUAGGAUUUGGAUUCCUGCUAAAAUACAAGGGCUGUACAUGUCCCUAGUACCUGGUGCACAACCACAUUUCAAACCUUGAUAAAGCAUCUCUGUUGUUACGAGAGGACUGUGAGCAGCGAGAGCCACGGCUCAUUUCUGUGCGAGUAAAACUUAAGAAAAAUCAGAGGAUGUUAAAAAAAAAAAAGUGUCUUCUUUUUCUUCUGUGUACUUAUUUAUUAAGUUAUCAGAUAUCGAUAAUUCAAUGUGUACAAUUUUAAUGGCUUUGUACUUCCUACUGGUCCUUCCACGUAUUUCGCCAUAGUUUUGAAAGGGACUUUUAAAGGACUUUUAGAUGUACCUUUGGAGCUGCUGCAGCACCCAAGAAGAGCCAUACUGAUAUUGGGGGUUGCUUAUGGAAUUAUACCGGGCACUGUGGCAGGUCGGGGCUGAGCAAAGGGCUGCUGUGCAGCCCUGCUGGGGUUGGCUGUAGAGGAGGAUGUCCAAGUUCUAGUAAAUAAACAGAAAAAGACCCCGUGGGGCCAGGCUGUCAUCUUCUGUCAGCCCACUAAGCGGUUUCAGUAUUGCCUUUUAGGCGAAACAUGUCUUCAAAAGAGGAGGAGAAUGGCAGAAAUGCUUUGGUCCAGCCCUGCCCUGAGACUGUUGCUCUGUGCCCAGGGUUGUGUUUGCAUCCUCUCUGUAGCUGGUUUUCUCUCUGUUAUAGGUGUACAUAGAACUGAUGAUUAUUUCAUUAAAGCUGAAUGUACCUGUU